AUGCAUUCACUAAGUCCAUACGUCGAGGAUACUGUCAACCCAGUCAUCAACUACACCGAGUCAGCAGUAAACUCAAUCGAAAUCAUGAAGGUAGCCUCCAAGGUGCUGAGGACCAACAUCAACAAGACGACAGCUGAGAGGGCUUUGUUUGCUAGGUAUCUGGUUCAUUUGGUCGGUGACAUCCACCAACCGCUUCAUUCUGUUGCUCUCUUCAACGAGAGCUUCCCCAAAGGAGAUGUAGGCGGAAAUUUCUUGAAAGUUGUCCUCAAGAAUGGCUCAACCAGCAAUUUUCACUCGUACUGGGACGCAGGAGGGUACUUGCUGCAGAAUGACAGUUGGGUGAUGGUCCGUCCUCUCAAGAUGCAGAACCUCACUGCUCUUAAGGAAGUGGCUUCGCAAUUGGUCAACCAGUACGGAAAGGAGGAAUCCUUCCUCAUCGCUCAGAACACUACUUACCCCUACGUCGCCACCACUAACAAGCUCAACGACGAAUACAUCCACCUCACCUACGAGACAUCGAAGAAGCGAAUCACGCUGGCAGGAUUCAGACUGGCAAAUUACAUCAAGGAUAUCUAUAAAUCAAUAGCGAAGACAGCUCCAACAGAGUCCGAUAAUAUGACCCCUCAUUAG